GUUCAUAUGGUUAGGUCAGGUGGUAAUUCAUAAAUUGUCAUUUGUUCUACAAAUUCUUUUCUACCAUCAUCCUGACUUCCACCAUGGCAAAAUGUGUAAAACUGUUUUCAGGCGUUGAAUUACCAUUGGUUGGACUCGGCACGUGGAAAAGUAAGCCGGGGGAGGUUCAAAAUGCGGUCAAAUCGGCAUUCAGCUGCGGUUACCGUCAUAUAGACUGUGCGGCAUGUUAUGGAAAUGAAAAAGAAGUUGGAGAUGCUUUCAAGGAGACGAUUGGUUCCGUGGUUGAACGGAAAGAUGUGUUCAUUACGUCUAAACUCUGGAAUACUAAACAUGCUGCUGUUGAUGUGAAACCAGCAUGCAUAGAGAGUUUGAAAGAUUUACAACUGGAUUACUUGGACUUGUAUUUAAUACACUGGCCAUAUGGAUUUGUAAAUAUUGGUGAAAAUUUCCCCAAGAAUCCAGAUGGAACUAUCCAGUAUAGCGAUGUGUCAUUGAUGGAGACUUGGGGUGCAAUGGAAAAACUGGUUGAUGAAGGACUAUGUAAACAUAUUGGAUUGUCCAAUUGUAAUAGUAAACAAGUGGCUGAAGUAUUGGAAAAAGGACGAAUAAAACCAGCAGUUUUACAGGUUGAAUGCCACCCAUACUUCAACCAAGAAAGAUUGAUUAACUUCUGUAAGGAGAAGGAUAUCGUAGUAACUGCAUCUAGUCCAUUGGGAUCUCCUGAUAGACCCUGGGCUAAAUCAUCUGAUAUCAUCUUAGUGGAAGAACCCACACUGAAGGCUAUCGGUGACAAGUAUAAGAAGAGUCCUGCGCAGGUAGCUCUCAGAUUCAAUGUUCAACGAGGUGUUGUAGUUAUUCCAAAAAGCAUCACUCCUGCAAGAAUUGCCCAGAAUUUGGAGGUGUGUGACUUUGAAUUGAGUGCAGAAGAUAUGAAAAAAAUUGAAUCACUCCACAAUGAGGCUACUGGGCGUGUGUGUGUUCCUGCAAUUGAGGUUGAUGGGAAAAGAGUUCCAAGGGAUGCCAAACACCCACUUUAUCCAUUCAAUGAACCUUUUUAGUAAUACCUCCUUUCAUAGAUGGUAACAGCUGGGUUGCAUUUAAAUACACUUAAGUACAAUUCGUAUUGUGGUCUGUUACAUUAUAUCUCAUGGCUUGAAUAAUCUUUAUAUGCAUUAACAUCAAAACAUUUUCUGAUGUGAUAUAACAACGGUAAUGCUCUGAUUAUUCCUUAAGUAUUGAACAUCUAUUGCCAAUCUUGGUAUGUGAAUGCUUUUCAUGCAUUGUAUUACUGUUUUGAUCAUAACGUAUGCUUGUUUCCAGAUUUAUAUUCCUUCGGCGCAGGAUGGUAAUGCUCGAAUAAAAAAAAAAAUAAAAAAAAAUGUACAUUUGCCACAUGUGAUCAUGCAUCUAAUACAUGUGUAUUACACUACUGUCGUAAUAUGAAGCUAUUAAAACUUAUAAUCUGUACCC